AUGAACGCGACAGAGAGAAUUCAAGUUUUACAACAAUUCGAUUCAUUACGAGCAGUUUCUUGGAUCAUAGGAAUUUUAGCCUUGAUUGCAAAUAUAUCGGUAAUUAUUUGGAUGGUAUGUUACAUGUACAAUCCUUUGCGAUGGUUUAGCCAGAGAAACCCGAGAAAUAUCACCAAUAAUCCUUAUUUGUUGAUCAUUUUCAAUCUAGCUGUAGCUGAUCUGCUAGGUGCUUUGUAUUUGAUCAUUUUAGCAAUCAGUGAUGCGACUUUUAAAAUUAAUGGCGACUUUCAGACACCAAAUGGGACGUAUAUAAAUAACUGGAUUGUCAGCCCAACAUGCUUCUUGGAAAGAAUAUUAUCUCAAGUCUCGUUAUUAAUGUCGAUAUUUAUCACAUUUUUCAUUACUGUAAGUCGCUUUAUCCAAGUUGUUUGUCCUUACAGUGGGUUAGAGGUAACGAUCAAAAAGUCUCGAAUCGCUCUCCUAUCCUUAUGGAUAAUCAGCUUUACAAUUGCAAUCGUCGGAGCAGUGGAAAGUUCUCAUGUUUCGUUAAGGAAACAAGAUCAUUUAAGCAUUCUUGGAUUUUUAUGCCAGUUGGAAUCUUUAGAAACACCAGUUAUUAUUGGUAUUGUCUACUCGGAAUUACUACUUGGAAUUAUUGGCUAUGUUGGCACCAUCAUACUUUACUUAAUAAUUGCUUGCAAGUUAAAGAAAACGCGUAGUAGCAUUAAUAGUAUCAAUAGAAGCAAAGCGGAAAGUAAAAUUCACCUCAUUAUCGCCUGGAUAGUGUUGCUAAGAACUCAACAAUAUCAUGAUUCUAGUUACAUUGGAAAACUAUCAUAA